AUGUCAUCCCCAGGUUCCACCUGUGAAUGGCAGUUUAUUGAUUGUAAAUCUGUUCAGAGCUUGCACGGCUUGUCAGAUCUUUUAACGGAGAAAUACGGAUCUGGGAAGUUCUCUGUGGAAACAAGGCAAAACGUGUACUGUAUUAGAGCAGAAACCUCAUCCGCCCCCUUGGAUCUGUCGUGUCCAAAAGUUUGGAACUCAUUAAAUGGGAAUGGCAAAGCUUCGAGCCAUGUAGAUCAGUGUCAUAUAUUGCGAAUGAUUUUCCACCCAAUUCUCAGUUCAUGGCUCCUAGGCAAAUGCCUAACAAACUUCCGGCUGUCUGAUUUUUCACAAAUUGAACACCACCCAAACUGCAUCGUCCCCUGCUUCAAAUCAUGGCACAAGACCUAA